AGUUCAGUUCAGCCCUCACAUCUGGACUACGACCAGCCAGAUUCAGAGACUUUUCUCCUUUCCUGGACUCGUCUGAAAGGAUCAAACACAGAGAGACUACCUGCUCAGAGACGAAACACCAUGCAGAGAGAGGACUGCUGCAGACCGUGAGGCGUUAAUGAAUGGAUUAUAAUGUUUGGAAAAGUGAAGACAGGUCAGCCUGCAGCAGCAGGUCCAGACUCAAGUCCGGCAGAGUGUAAUGUGGUGCUGCUCGGUAUGAUGGGCUCCGGGAAGUCAGGUCAGACGCUUACUAUUAGGCUAAUGAUGGCAUUUAAACAGGCUGCUAUAAAAGAGCUUCAUUAAUGGUCAGCUGAUCAGACAUUAGCUCAUAGUCCAGAAAUUAAUGUUCACAGUUCUUGGAUUUAUCGAAUUCCAUCUAUAAUCUAAACAUCUUUAAUCUCUUCUUCUGUGUGAUAUUAUAUGAAUUUUCUUUGUCCUGUGCUAGAAUGAACAUAAAUCUUAUGCAAGUUUUCUCAGGACCCUCUCUGACUCCUGCGGCCCCUGGGUGGGGCCCCUGUAGACCACUGUGAGCCUGAUUCAGUUUCACUGUUUGUUUUUUAGCUCUGACAGUGAAGUUUCUCACAAAGAGAUUCAUCAGUGAAUAUGAUCCUCUGCUAGGUGAGACCACACACACACACACACACACACCCACACACACACACACACACACACACACACACACACUGGGAUGCUAUUUAAAAUCUUGGCUAAAGCAGUUUGAUGGUUUGUAAUGGUCACUUUAAACUCGUAUUUAGUUAAAAAACUACUAUUAGUGGAAAUCACUGCAUGGACUCAAUAUCGAGUUUAGGAUGAAAGUUAAGCAGAUAACUGCUUAACACAUCCACUUAUGAAGCAGGGUUUGACAUGCUUUUUGGAAAUCAAAACACUGCCUCUUCUUCUCUUACGAGGAGUGGGACCACUAGGCUUCGUAACACACACAGUUCAAAAGCCAGCCUCCUGCUGGUAAGGGUAUGCACAAGUGGCCGUGGCAUGAGUAGCUUACACAUUUAGGAUCGCACUAUUAGUGCUGAACACUGUCACGACCCAGCUCAAAAGUCAGACAAAAGAAAAGGGGAACACGGUUGACUUAAAGUAUGAGGAUUUAUCUAAAAAAUGAAUAAUUUUACCAACAAAACGGAUGAGGUGUGUGCAUCAGUUAGUCAGUGUGUCUGUUGUUGGAUGAGUGAAAGGUGUGUGUAUGUGCAGCAUGUUGUAAGGUGCAGAACCAAAAUCCAAAGGAGGCCAAAGCCAACGAAACAAAAAACCCUGCUGCCAUGGAGCGAUCUGCUGAGGAUGAGAGAGAGCCUGGUCUUUUAUACCCUGGGAGACUGGCCAGGAACUCCCAGGUGUGGCUAAGUCCCCGCUUUUCAGUAACCUGCAAAAGAGAACAACAAAAAACAGGAACGGAACAGGCAGCAAGUUCUGACUAGACCUUAGGGUCGUCACAACGCUUUAUACAGGGUUUGGAGCAACAUAUGCUACAGUUCAGACAACGACUUCUCAAGGGAUGAUCGUCCAUACUAGAGCAAGAUCAUGCCAAACCACAUCAUACAGGUGUCCCUAUACUGUUGCUCAGUAGCUGAAGAGUUCUGCUGCUUAACAUGCUUACCUGUCACUAAUUUUAACAUUCAGCACACCGUGAAGUAAAGAGAGAGGUCUAAAACCUGAACUGUUGAACAGCUGAAAUGCAUGUGAUAACGUGUGUGUGUUCCAUGUCAUCCUGUGUUUCAGAAGACGUGUACUCAUCUGAACAGGUGGUGGACCAGCAGCCGGUCACAGUCAGAGUGAUGGACACCUGCGACCAGGUGAGAUCUCACUGAGUGUGCACCAUAGUUUAUUAUUGAGUGUUUCUAUGACAACAGGAGCAUAUAUUUCUGAAUGAAAAACUGUCAGCUGGUUGACACAAGGUUUCUCUGACUGACAAUAUAAAGUAAAGAUGCUAAGGAGAUAUGCACAGAGACCCACUGCGAUAAAAAUCAUGUUUUUCUUGUUGUCUACAUGUUCAUGUGGCAUUUUUCUAACGCUUCAGGACAUACCAUGAGAAAAAUAAGAGCAAAAUUGCAUUUCUGAGCAUUUCUGCAUUCAAAUCGCUGUGAACCUCUCACAGACCCAAACAAAAUGUUCAGACACAGUGAGAUUUCAUACAUCACAACUCCAAGCUCCGCUCCUGGCACCCCGGUCUGCAGGCCAGACUUGGGGAAGUAAAGAGGAUGAUUGUGGAACAAGUGUGUGUGGUAGUGGAUUUCAAUGCUAAUUAAGGACGCUAAGUUUGAUAUUAGCUUUCAUCUUGCCCCCAAAGAUAAAGAUGUCUGAGAGCUGAAUAGCUCCUAUGUUACCUGCCACUUCAACUCGUCCGGCAAUGUUAGGCUGCAAACUUGUGAAAAGCAGUGUGCAGAGCAGCGUUGUCUCUGUCCAGGACACAGAGGUGAAUUGAAAAUGACACAGGAUUUUGGCUAAAAACUUCAUAAUCACAACAAUAUUAAGACCACUGACAACACUUUAAAUAGUUAAAAAAUACAAUCAGAGUGGGACUUCAAAGAGUGAAAACACUGAGACCCCCUGUUUGAACCUUUGUUUUAGCUAGCCUACCAAGUUAUUUUAACCUGUAUAAUCUUAACUUUGUUUAAGAAUAUCUUUCCAUUUAUUUAUUCAUUUAUGUAUGAGUUUAUUUUGAGGAUUGUUUUCCUCCAUACAACAGAGGACACUGGAUACUGGAGAAAACAGAAGGUGGUGGUGGUGGUGGGGGGGUUCUGGCAAAGGACCAAAGGUUGGACCACCCGCCUUGAGGACUAAAGACUCUGAACGACCCCCCACACUCAUUUAUUUCUAAUAAAAUUGAUUGAAUAUUAGAUUAACAUGCUGUGUAAAUACAUGUUGAGAACUUUAAUGUGUUCAUCACUAAACGAGAGACUGAAGUGAGAAGAUUAAACCCUGAGAUUAGAUUAAAUCAUGAACCUUGUAAUUUUUUUAGAAGGACAACCUCAUUUUGAGGUAAAAACUUAAUCCAUUUUGGAAUAAGGCUAAAAAAAAGUGAAAAAAAAAAGUGUAGUGAUGUGAAUACUUUUGGGAUGCACUGUAUUUCUUACAAAUGAAUCCUUAGUUUGGGACAGUAACAGAAUGAAUCUAUGUGUGUCUGUCUAUAUGUGUGUAUUUGUGUUUGUGUGUAGGAGGGUCCUGUAAACAAUGAGCGGUACCUGACCUGGGGGAGUGUAUUUUUGGUGGUCUACAGCAUCGACAGCAUGGAGAGCUUCAAAUGCUGCCAGCUGUAUCUGCACAUGCUCAGUCUGCACCGGAAAUCUCCCAUCAUCCUCCUAGGCAACAAGCUAGACAUGGACCUAUACAGGUUGGUAUCUCUGUGUGUUUUUUGUGUGUUAUUUACAGAGCUUACCGUAGUGCCAUCUUAUCCCCCUACGGUAGUAAAGGUACUAACCUAAAUCUUCCACCUUGCUCUGAGAAGGUGAAAAGUCCUCAGUCAGGAUUUGCUGUUGUGAAAGUUUGCAUAGUUUAGAGGAUUAGGAGGAGCAGCAGGCUUUACCAGCUGAUUUGCUUCAGCAACAUGUUCCCUGUGGUUGAACACUAAUAUCAUUCUUGGAGCUUAAAUGCAUCACAGUUUACUUUGUUCCAUUGCUACUCUGCUGUAUUUAAAAUCGGAAUAGCUCAGUAUUAUCUCAGUAAAAUAAUCUAUUCCUGUUGACCGGCCUAUGAAGCUGUUUGUUCUUCGUUUUGGCUAAAGGAGGAGAUCUUUCUCUUCAUCCAGACCUGAGAUUGUCAUGUUGAAUGUACUGUUUUACAAACUAUCACCUAUAACAUUGUGAUAACAAGUGCCAGCUCUCUUACUGUCUUAAGAUUUGCACACCUUUAAACACUCAUUUAAAGAUUAAAGCUCCAGUGAGGAACUUUCUGUCUGUGUUGACUUUGGUGCCCCUGUAGACCAAUUUCCAACCCUUCGAGAAAGUGGAGUUGAUUGACAAAAAACCUCCCCUUUUUGUCGUUUUACAAUGCAGUUCAUUGUUUACCAUGGAUGUUUGCUGUGGGAACAUAAACAUAUUUCUUUAGCAUGCCUACGCCCUCACCAUAGUUACAAGAAUUAAAAAAUUACAACAUAGAAAUCUUCUGUCUUGUAACCAAUGGUCUCAGUUACCUUUUUGUAUCAUAGACACAUUAGAAUUCAUUUCAGUCUGUUUCAUAGCCGAUCUAAAACUCCUCAAAGGAGCUUUAAACAGUAUUUUACAUGUAGACAUGUCCCAACUUGCUACAAAGCUAGAAAAGUUUUUCAUUUUGUGGUAUGAUACAGACACAAGAAGAACACUUGCUAGACUUGAAACACUUUUACUAUCCUCUAAAAAUUGUGGUUUUAAAACAAGGUUUAAAAAUUUAUUGAAACAUCUGGUGAGGCAUGUGCCCCACCAGCUUAAAUGGGUCUGACCCUGGCAGAUGGUGUCAAGUAAAAAUGUAUGACUCACUUUGAUCUGCACUCUGACUUUGUUUUCCACGGGCUGAGGUCCAGAGGAUAACCAACAGCCUAGAAACAUGGCACAGACAAAAACAGGCCCUGCCCAACAACAGAACAAUGUUAUGUCUCUGUGUGAUUUAGUUUAUCAACACUGAAUAGGAGUGCUAUGUAGCAAGCCCCUAAAAACAAUUGUGUUAUUUAUUUAAAAAAACACUGCAUUAUUUUUAAGAACCUCUUUAUAUUUUUGUCAAAUUGAAGUUUUGUAAGCUGGAAAAUGUGCUGGUGGUAGAUGUUCAUGGGGGUGUACAUAAAUGAGAAGGCUACUCGUACCGUACAUAUGAAGUGUUUACCCUGCCACCUAUAGAGGGCAGUACUCUUUGUGAGGGUUGGUCUGUAUAUCAACCCUCAAGAAUGCACAGAGCCUGAAAUGAAAUGUUAACCCAAAGACCACAUGUACCCCAGUCUGUUUCACAGCUUCUUAGAUAGAGGAGCUUUGUCUUAUGAGUCAGCCAUGUGCAGGAUAGUAAAAUAAUAAUGGUUGUAAUUAGGGGUGUCCCGAUACAGUAUUGAUAUCGAAUAUUGGUCUGAUAUCACAAGAAAAACCAAUAUCGGAUUAUAUCAGCCUGCAUCUAAAAUCUUCGAUAUCAGCACUCCAAUGCAAGCAGUCUAUUCCAGACUCCACUCCGGCACCUCUAUCUAGCAGCAUCCUGAUCCAGCAUGCAGAGCCCACAUGAUCACAAUAACAGUGUGUACCAAGGUACUAACAAAGUAGCAAGGAGUAGGAGUGAUGUCAGCCUUGUGGCAGUAUUUUAUGUUUAAAUCCGAAAAACACAUUGCAGCUGAAUGAAAAACUUGUCACGCACAAUUUUGUGCCAAUAUCGGAUCGAUAUUGGUAUCGGUCAGUAUUGAAGGCUACAGUAUUGGUAUUGCAUCAGAAGUCAAAAAGUUGUAUCGGGAUGCCCCUAGUUAUAAUAAUAGAUAGAUAGUAGAUAGACUUGAUAAUUUAAAGUACAUGAUAACCUUGCCUGAAAAAGUCUCCAGCACAUACUAACAGGCAGGGAGUCCUGUUGUUAGUGCUAGCUUGAACAUCAUCAGUAAAAGAUUUUUUUUUUCACCAAAAAAAUCUCUGAGCCCAGGUAAAAAGUAUCAGAUUUAUAUGCUUUUUCACUUUAUUCAUCUUGACUGGUUUAUGUUUUUCUCACCUUUAGAUGUGUGUGUUUUUGUGUUCAGUAACACCACAAACUUGGAUGCUUUGAUUUUGGAAGGGUAACGCCAGGGUCGAAAAAAAAAAACAAGGACCUUAAAGGAGCAAGCACCACUGAUAAUAAGAUAUAUGGUGCUCUUUAACACUUAAUUGGGCUGCUUAUUCAUCUGUAUUGUAAGAGUCAUAUAUCCAGAAAGAAACCACUGAUUGGACUCAUAAAAGCAAGUAUUUUUGUCCUAUUAUCUCUUGCUGCUGGUUAUUUUUAAAACAGUUGUACCCUUUGUUUUUUGAUCCUUUAAGGUUUUAUGUUCUGAUUGUCUGAUUUUUGUGCUCUGUGACAUAAUUUGGGCAGUAAAUGUCACUGUUUGAAAUGGUGAUAUCAAAAAGAAGUAUGUGUCUCUCCUGUGUUUUUGAGUUUUAUGCUUUUGUAACACUUGUGUUUGUGUCUCAGACAGGUGAGUCGUAGUGAGGCGGAGUCUGUGGCGUCUUGUUACGGCUGUGUGUUCUUCGAGGUGUCGGCCUGUCUGGACUAUCUAUCAGUUCAGCACGUGUUCUUUGAGGCUAUACGGCGUGCAAGGAAGGGUCGGGGUUACCUGGUUCCAGCAGUGUGUGUGAGUGAGAACAGAGCGGCGCCCCUUGCCCCUUCCUAUACCACCCCCUGCUUCAAAGAGCUGCCGGCUCCCACCACCGCCAAGCUGGUGACCGUGAAGACAUCGAGAGCUCAGAGCAAACGCAGAGCCACCACGCUCACCCUGCUUAAAGGGUUCAAGAUCUUCUGAUCCCCCUAGACACACACUCUCACACACACUGCUAAGGGACAGGAUGAGGGGUAAUAAGAAGACUACCUGGGAAGGAUAUGGACUUCUGUGAACUGAUGAUCGACAGGUGUGUCUCAGAGACUUUGGAUUUGCUCAUUGCUCUGUCUGUAGGACCAGCCGCUGUCUUAUUCACAAACACCACAAAGCCUAUAAGUCGGAGUUUCUGUUGCCAUGGAGAUAAGCUCAGCAGGGACACCAAUAAGAGAAAGUUUUCUUUAAGCUCCACUUUCAGCGGGACACCUUGAAACAAUGUGAACCUCUUCUAAAUGGAAGGUUCCUGAUGUAAUGCACCAUGGGAGUUGUAGUUUCAAGUUACUAAUAGUUGCUCUGGAGCAAUGGUUCUCAAGUCCAGUCCUCGAGCCCCCACUGUCCUGCUUGUUUUGGAUGUUUCGCUGCUCCAACACACCUGAUUCAAAUGAUCAGCUCGUUAUAAAGCUCUGUAAGGCCCUAAUAACGAGCUGAUCAUUUGAAUCAGGUGUGUUGGAGCAGGAAAACAUCCAAAACAAGCAGGACAGUGGGGGCUCGAGGACUGGACUUGAGAACCACUGCUCUGGAGUAAAGCCAAAGAAGCAAAUAAUAAAACAUUUUAAAUACUUUUAGAGUAAGGGAGUGAAGAGUAAAUGUAGAGUGGGGGGUAGAGUGAAGGAGAAAGAAAGAAAAGUUCAAGAGCAGAGAGACACCAUGUCCUCAGUUUGUUUGAACAUUUAAUCGACUUUAUUAAACAAAGAUAUUUUUCCUAAUAAACCACAUCUUCACUCACCAUCUUACUGUUUACUGAAUGAAGCAGGACAACAAGGAACUGUGUUUAUUUUAGAAAAAUAUCCAUAGUUGUUUUAGCAUUGUAAAAAAAAAACAGAAACCUUACUAUUAGACGAUCUGACUCAUACGUCUCUGAAUAUGUAUUUUUUAAUUCUAUUUUUGUGUUCAAACAAUACAAACAAGCUACAACAGAAAAUAUAAAGCUUUACAGCUGCAUGUGGUCAAAGGGCAUCAUUUCAUGUAUCACAAUGCAAAGCUACUGUCACUGACUGCAGUACUCAAAUGAACUGCUAAUUCUGUGAUAACAAAACAUGACGAUUUAUAAUGAGGACAGUUACAAUAACAAGGUGUUCUCAUGUCUACACAAAUAUGAAGAAACAGUAAGCAUGCAGUUAGCUGAGCUAAGCACAAAGGCUGUAAAGAGCUAUCCUGGCUGUAUGUGAAGGUUGUCUAAACAGUGUCUUACUGAUUAACACCAUAGAAUAAAUGAAACAUCCACACAGUCUCUGUUAUAAUUUGGUUUCUGAAGCAGUUUUGAAGCUUAGCGAUGGCAGAUGCUCAACCUUAAGAUAAUACAUGAAAUAAAAAUUGACCCCCACAGUUUGUGUGAAUAAGAGAAUGACCCACAGACACAAACAUAUUUUGUAUCAAGCUCUAAAAACACUUGACUUUUUUAGGAGGGUGUGUAUAUGGUCUUUAGUACUCUUAGGGCCAGCCUCUAUUGUACAUCAGAGGAGCUGCAGUUUUAAGCACUUCCACUCUGACCCCAGAAGUUGAAACUUGAUUAACAAAAGAUUUCUGAUUUAAUUCAUUUACAUUUUGUUACAGCCCUUUUGCUAAGCUAGGUUAGUUUCAUUUAGGCUCUUAUUUCUCAUUUUAAUUUUACAGCCAUCACACAAGUUACUUUUCAGAAAUCUAACUUUAAAAUCAUACUACAGGUGAGGUGGAACUUUGCCUGGAUGAACUUAAAUCUUAGCUCAAAGUCCAUGUAAGAGAAAGUGAACCUGCUGACUGAAGUUUAGGUGAUGGUAUAAACACAAACAGGACAGGGUUUAGUUUGUAUAUGAGGGAAUAUCCGUUAGCUGAGUGUAACCGUUCAACCCAAACUGAAUAUUCUGCAGUAACAUAACACUAAGCUUUAUUUUACUUUUGAUCUGAACACAUUUUGUAGAUAAAAAUGUUUGAUUAAAAUAAAAAGAAAUGUUUGUGUUUGAAAAUGAUUAAGUGACUUUCUUCUCAUAGACCAGGACAUUUAACUGUAAAUGACUCAUAUAUUGAUUCCCUAAAAUCAUGUGCUGGACCUCUAAACCUUUGCAGUGUCUGUGAACCUCCAGGUUUUAAUGGACUCAUAGAUGUUUAAAGAUGAUGCUUUGUGGCUUGUUAGUAUUAGCAGCUAAUGUCCAGCAGGUGGAGCCGUUAGGAGAGGAGAGGAGAAUGCUCACAUAUGAUAAUACAUCUUUUACCCAGACUCAUUACUCCUCGGUCUUUGUGGGCUCAUCACUGACCAGCUCAUCACCUAACACCUCCACCUGUUGCUCUGUAUGUUGUUCCACCUGUUGCUCCACCUGUUGCUCCUCCUGAUGCUCCUCUGGUUGCUCCUCCUCUGGUGCAGCAUUGUCAUACAGGCAGGAGGUGUUGCCGUCCUUCCAUGUGACCACUAUGUCUCCUGCUCUGAGCUCUGUCAGCUCUCCAUUGGCUGGUGGAGGUUUGUUUACAUUCUGCAGCCUGUUGGGUGAUGGUGAGGGUGUAGCGCUGCUGUCGUCUCUGAGCUCUGACAGGACCCGGAGCUGCUCACCCUCACCCUUCUGAGCCAGAGCUGCUGCUGCUUUGUACUUUGCAAUCUUCUUCCUGUUUCUACAGAACCAUAAACAAAACAAACAAAAAAAAAAACAUGUCACCAUUUUGACCCAGGAGAUGGUUUACUACUUUUAUAAUAAUGUAAAGUGUUUCUUUUCAUUACUUGUUGGCCAUGGCUCCCAUCCCCAACAGCAGAAAGCCAAUAAGCAGGCAGACAAAGGCGAGGCCCAGCAGCACAAACUUCCAGAUGGUUGCUGCAACCCAAAUAAGACAACACUCAUACUUUGGAGGAUUCUGAUAAUGACCACAUUUCAGAGGCUCCUGGUUAUAAUUUUGUUUCCUUUAAGGAUCAUGGUAAUACUUGUGUUUUUGACAAACCUGGACAUAAUUGUGUUUGUGAUUAUGUGCACAUCUUUCGCUCUCAUGAGAUGAUUUAGUUGUUGUUGGUUUAUUUUAAUCUUGUCUAAACACUAGGAUUGAAAUGUUCUGUCACAGCAAUCAUUGUGUGUUAUUUGACUAUCAUGGUGAAAAUGUACACAUCCUAACCAGUAUGAUCCCAAUGAAAACUAAAUAACUUUUCACUUUUCACAACGAUCACAUUUGCAGUUCAGACAAAGUUAAGACCAUUUCCAAAAAUGAACCAAAACUACUGUCAAGAACCACUGACACAUCUCUCUCCUGGCAGGUGCAUUGUGGGCGGAGCUUAAGCAGUAGUACUUACGGUCCUCUGUGCGGUAGAACCAGCGAAGGUACUCUCUCUGUUCCUCUGUCAAGGCUGCUCGUCCACCGGCCUGCUCACCCGCGUCCUCAAACUCAUCAGGUUCACCAGAGGCUCUCUUUGAUCCUGGAGGUCAAACACAGCACACACUAAGUUUGUGUUCAUUACCAGUGUUCAGAGGGAUCACUGUCAGCAGAAGCCUAUCAGUCUCUUAGUCUGAUUGCUGGGUUAAAUUACUUCAUAUAAAGGUGACUUGUGUCUUCUCUGAACAGUGAUCAGCUGUUUCAGGUCCUGCAGGUGAAUCCACCUCUCUCUAACCUGAUCCAGUCUGACUGUGCCAGGUGAAAACCACCAUUUCAGAUCAUUAAAACUCUCCUAUGACCCUAAUAUCAUCCCAGACUUACUGAGUCUCUCCAGGCAGAUGUCCCCUCCAUCCACAGAUCUCCACCUGGACUGUUUGCUGUCAUGAGAGAGGACAGGGUGCCGUCCAUCAACAGACAGCAGCAUGGACAAGUUCCUAUUGAUCAGCCUGUUCCUGUCACACUCCCACUGUAACUUUGUAUUGUCCACAUCAGACCCCUUGCAGGGCAGGGUCCGCAGAUGCCUCCCCUGAAGGGCUGCCAUACACCUUGAGGAGGCGACAUUCAUGAGCAUGCUCUGAUCCAUCCAGAUCCACUGCUGAGCCUCCGAGUCCAGGUCACACCUGCUGAGCACCACCUCGCCUGAGUCUGCCGUCUCCUGCAGACACAGGCUGCGUUUGGUGUUGUAGACCAUGAAGGCAGCUGCAGGAGCUGAGACACAAACACACACACAAUCACAAAGGUUCACAUUCAGUCAUGCAAGCAUAAAUAUCUGUGAAGUGUGUGUGUGUGGGGGGGGGGAUAAUUAACUCACCCAGAAGCAGCAGGAACAGAUGAAUCCUGACGGCAAACAUUUCUGCACUGAAGGACAAACAUGGUUUAAAAUCAGACAAAGUUCAAACUUUUAACUUUUUACCACAAACAGAUUAUUCAGUUCCUACUCAUAUAUAGCGAGAGUAUGACAUGCUGUAUUUUCUGCAGGUAAAACUUUGCUAAUCCAUAUAUUGUGAUAUAAAAGCCAUAAAGUGCAACAGACCUCUCCUGUGUGUGUGUGUGUGUGUGUGUGUGUGUGUGUGUGUGUGUGUGUGUGUGUGUGUGUGUGUGUGUGUGUGGGCAAACUUAAUGAGACUGGGUGACAGCCAACAGAGAGCUUCAGUGGCCUUGGACAAGAUAGUGAGGCAAGGUUGAGGAUGUGUUUUUGCGUGACUCAGAGGUGUUAGUGUGAGGAAUUAACUAAUCAAACUUGACAGUUCUACAGGGAAUGCUCAGAAGGAGUGAAUUUUAUCCCUGGACAAAGUGUCUUGGAAGUUUGAUUGUUUUUUGUGUUACAGUGGAAAGUUUCACCAAUCAGAACAAACAUAUAGAUGUACAGUUAUACUUGACAACAUCUGGUUAAAACAUUUUGAACAUCUGGCUGACAUAAUGCAACCCAUUAAAACAGAUCUAUCCUUACAUUUCACUCUCUUAAAGUUUUUACCUUUUCAAUUUAGUUGACAUGGUCAGACAGGAGGUCAUUGUUCUUUGAAUCAGUUGUUGAAGCUGUUAUGGUUGUUUUUGGUGUACUUAAAAAGUGGUUCCUCAUAUUAUGUCCCCCCCUUUUUUAAAGGUCCUGUGCAGAGUUUUUUUGAUAAUUUAAACAGACUGAGAUUCAUUUUGACAUCUAGUUAUGAUAUAUGAAAGCCAACAAAACCUUCAGCGAAAAGAGUGAGAGUUUUUAUGAUGUAAUUUCUAAUGCCUGAAACUUGUGCAAGGGGGUGGAUGUUUGGCAAGCAGCUGAAGAAACAGCCCUGUCCAACAUUUUUCACAUAACUGUUCACAGUAGAUUAUAAAUUUGACUGUUUGAAGUCAGAACAACAUUUUUUUUGUCAGAUGACAUUACCUAAGCAUAUAAAGGACAAGACAAGCAAAGGUUGUUUGGAGAUUUAAUGAAGAGGCACAAAGUUACUCACUCCAGUACACCACUACAUCUUCAAUAACAUAUAAAGCACAAAAAAGCCACCUUUUUGAUAAAAAAAUGAAAAUUUAGAGGCUUCCUGAAAGUAAAAUUUCCAGUAGAGCUGUUGUAUUGGGUUGGAUUAGAUUGCCCAGCGAGUGUUAUUGCUGGUAUGCACAGAAAUAGUGUUUUUAGUCCUCUCUCAGUAGUACUCACAGAUUUAUUCAUAUUUGUUCCCUGUUUCUGUCUGCUAGAAGAAUAAACAAUUUCAACCACAACUAUCAUGUUUCAUUACUGACCACAUUUUUAUAUUCCUCAGACAUUAGCUUUGGGGCUUUUUAUAUCACUGAAAAAAGAGACAGAGAUAAAAUCCUGUGUCAAUAUUUUUUUUCAAAGUCCUCUGAAAUCAGUACAAGGUGACAAAGGCAAAAAGAUUAAUCCCAUUAAAAGUAAAAACAUGAAAAAUAUUGUCUAAUUGUUGAUUUAAUGUGCUCCUGCUUUGCUUUCGGCGAUCAUUACCUUGAAUACUAUGUAGAGUUGUUAACUUAUGAUAAUAAAGAUUUAAGAGAACAGUACGGCAGUAAAAUGAGUCCAUGUGUUUUUAUGAGAUCUGUUCUUUGUUCUGUAUAAAAACCUGACUCUGAGUUGGAUGUCACAGACUCAUUAAAACUGAGUGUUCAGGGUUUUCUUUUUACUGUCAAGGUGAAAUGACUGAUGGUCAUAUGUAAAACAGAAAUUUACACAGUGAAGUUGUUUAAAAAGGUUUUCAAACAUUUUCUCUGACACUGACUACAAAAAUCGUAAACAUAUUAUCAUUUUAACCUCUGGAGACCAGACUUUAUUCACUAAACAAACCCCAAUUCUAAUGAAAUUGGGACUGUAACUAUUUGUUGUAUUUUCUUUGGGGUUUGUGUUUUGAAACCUUUGUUAUUUGUAAUUGUCUUUCACUAGGUGAUGUGAAUUCCAAUGUCUGUUCAUUAUAAGUAGAUGAGGACGAAAUUAGUGGCAGGUGUUUCUGUAGCAGGAGAAGCACACAGUUUUUGACUGUCAACAUCAACGUCGUUGUCGCCAUUGCUCAAUUUGCCUUCGUCUUUUAUUUGCACUUGGUUGCUUCAACUGGUAAGGAGAAUGAAUGAAAAAUAAUGUGACUUAAAUGAACUGUUUCAUUUAUGAUGGGAAACAAGUAAGCUAAGGAAAAUGCUUCAACUGUAAAUCUGGCUAUAGUACACCUCGGUGGCUCUCAGGAUAAUUUCAGUAGGCGAAAUUAAGUCACUUGAGGGACGUUGUGUAAAACAUGAAAAAAAGCAGAAUACUAUAAUUUACAAAAUCUUUUUGCUCUAUUCUCUAUGUAUACACUAAAAAAACGAGCUGAUAAACUUGAUUUUUUUUGUAUUUGGAAUUUGAUACUGCAACAUGCUUGGUUCAAGGUCAACAAAAGACUGGAAAAAAUGGAGGACUUCUCCAGAAACUCUUUUGAGUGAACUGUUUGGAUCAUUCCACAGGUGAACAGGAUCAUGGGAAACAGGUGAGGGCCAUAAUUGGAUAUUAAAGGAGCAUCACUUAAAGACAAGCAUAGGACCAGGUUCAUUACUUUGUCAACAACUGUGUGAGCAAAUAGUCCAACAGUUUAAGAACAAUGUUUCUUUAACAUGCAAAGUGGGAAAGUCUGCUGUGGUCUGAUGAGUCCACAUUUCAGAUAGUUUUUGGAAACCAUGAACCUGGCAAGGAAAAGGACCAUUCAGACUGUUCUCAGGUCAAAGGUCAAAGCCAGCAUCUGUGACGGUCUGGGGUGUGUGUUAGUGUCCAUGGCUAACUGUCACAUCUUUGAAGGCUCCAAUAAUGCUGAAAGGUACAUACAGGUUUAGGACCAACAUCUGCUGCCAUCAGAGCCCCGUCUUUUCAGGGAUGUCUCUGUUUAUUUAGCAAGACGACACAGAGAUGCAUUCUGCAGGAGUUACAACAGCGUGGCUUCAGAGUCAAAGAGUCCAGGUACUGGACUGGCCUGCCUGCAGUCAAGACCUGUCCCCCACUGAAAAUGUGUGGAGCAUUAUGAAGCCCAAAAUACCACAACAGAGACUCUGGACCGUGAACAACUGAAGUGGUCCAUCAAACAACAGUUAGUGUCCUCAGUCUACAAAGGCUUACUGAGAGUGAUUAAAGGAAAGAUGAUGAAACACAGAGAGAAACAUGACCCUGAACCAGCUCUCUAGGAACCUGCUGCAGCAUCAAAUUCAAAAUGAGUAAAUGUUUACAGAAAAACAACCAAGUUUAGAGUUUAAACUUUACAUUUCUUUGUGGAGUAUUCAGGUGAAUUUAGGUGGAAAAGGAUUUGAAGAUCAUUAUUUCUGUUUUUAUUCAUGUUUUACACAAUGUGCUAACUUAUGUGGAAUAUGUUGGAAUUUUUAAUUUAAAAACCAUCCAAAACACAGAUACAGGUUUUAACUGGAUGUUACACUUAUAUUUAAAAACAACCAGACUGUAAUUGAUGAAAAAGCAUGAUUACAUAAUCUUGUGUGCUCAGCAUGUUUCUCAGUGGGAGAGUCACUCAUCAUCUGCAGACUAUGAAGAUGAGCAUCAGUGGAUGGUGAACAGGGUGUAUUGAUAUAGCACUCAUGCAGUGUUCUAGCACUCAGAGCACUUUCACACCACAUUCAUCCAUUCACGUUCACUCACAGACAGCACAGGCUGUAUCUGUAACUAACCUAACCAUUUCAUGACCACAUGAUAUGCCAGUUAUAAUGUGAUUUUAGGCCUUUCCUCAGGACACUUCAGGAAGUGACUGCAGAAGCUGGGAUCAAACCACCAACCAUCAGACUGAGAAACAACCCACUAUACCACUGAGCCACAGAACAGCACUAACAUAUCACAAAAACAACAACACACUGCAACACUACACCAAACACACAGCUUUUAACACCCGCUGCAGUCACAUGACCUCACUCAGAUAAACAGCGCUCAGGUAACAAGCUGUAAUUGACAAUCCUGUACAACAACCUUCACCAUUUGACAACUCAAAUCACAGAGUAAACAUGGGACAGACACACACUUUUAACAGCCAUACUGUAUCUACACACAGCAACAUAAAUCAGUGCCUCUACUCACCUGUGUGGUGCUGAGUGUGUGUGAGAGAGAGGAUGAUCUGACUGUCUUCACACAAUCACUGGCACACACACUCAGCACCACACACACACACAC